AUGAAAUCAAUGCUUCAUCAUCUUCAGAAACGAGGUUCAGUUGUAUUAAUGGAACCGUAUAAGAAUAAUAAUUAAUUUUAGCAUAAAUGAUGGAAUGGAUAAAGUUUAAGAUAAACAUCAGGUUGUGUAAACUUAUGUUGAGUAAGUGAAUCCUAAAACUGGAAUAGCAAUUUAAAAAGAGGUAUAUAUAAUAAGAAAAUAAUUAGGAAGAAAGAUUAAAUCAAAGAUAUUUUCACUUAAUGAAUUAACUAGAAAGAUUAAAAUAUUAAAUAAUAAAGUUAGAAGAAAAAAAAAAAUCAUAAGAAGAGUAAUUUUACUAAAAGUUAUUAUUAGUCUCGAGAAUCAUCCUUCUGUUAAAGAAGUUGUAGCUGAAUUACAUAAGAUUUCUAAAUAUGAAAAGGCGUUAAAUGAGAACCAUAGCAAAAUAGUUGAUGAGAUAAAAUUAAAUAAAAUGACAAUAAAUUAAUUGAAAUAGACUGUUUACUAAAAAAGAAUUGAAAUAAGAGAUAUAGUAAGAGACUCUUUCAGAAUAUAAGAAGAAAUGAUUAGAAUUAAACAACAAAAAAGAACAGUUUCCAGUAUAUAUUGUAAAUAAUAAGUCGACAGAAAUAGUGUUGAUAUGUUUUUAACUAUGCCAGAAACUUCCAUUCCAAAACCAUAAAUUUUACCUUCAAUUCCAUUAAAAUAAAAAUCUAAAAGUACGCUGCUCCAUAUUAUGAAAAAUGUUUAAUCAGAAAAUCAGUAAGAAGUAUUGAUAACAAAAAUAUAUUAAAUAGAAAAUUAAUGAUAUUGUGUAUAUAUAUCGUCAAGUUUAAGAAUUGCGAUCUAGAACUCAAUAAUCAACUCGCUUCAUUUAGAAAGUGACUAAUAGAUAUUGUUAAAUCAGAAGCUUGUUAUCAGAAUGUGCUAGUUUAUCUAUUUAAAGUUUCAAGAACAAAUAAAAAAUAACUAAUAAAAAUGGUUAUGCUAACUCUAUUUAUUUUGAUGUAAGUACACUGAAUAAUAGCAAAAAUGAAAGUAGUAUCAUUAAAGAAAGGAAAAUUCAAAAUAUUUUAUAUGAUACAUUAUAACAAAUAAUGAUUGAUUUAAUCGAUUCUCAAUAAAAGACUGAUUUAAAUGGAUCAUCUAUUGCAGAUUCGAUGUAUUGUUAUUUUAAAAUUUAGAAUUCGAAAUUCAGUAAGUUAAGAGCAGUUUAUGCAAUUCAAUUCAGUUUAAAUUCUUGGGCUUCUAGCAUUAUAACCUCGUUUAUUAACUGAACUAUUAGGAAUCUUUGAUUUAAAGCAAAAAUAAGUUGGUUUAUUGUGCAAUAAGACGAGAUAAUUAUAAAAAUAAUUAGAUAUUCCAUGA